CUCUCCCAGCCUCGCCGCAGCGUCGGAGACCACCCAUGUCCGCGCCGCUCGCCGCUCGCCGCCGCAGCGCCAGCGCCCCGUCGACGACGUUUCCCUCACGCAUUCAAUCGCGCCCACACGCGGAACCCUUGCCGGCCGCCGGCGAUGCGACCCGUCCUGGCUCCGGCGACCAUCCUCCCGGCAGCGGCUGGAGCUGGGGCGCCGCCGCCCGCCGCAGAUGUGCUCCCCAUCCGCCGCAUCCGAGGCUUGACGCGCCAGCAGCAGCAACAGCCGAGGCUGAAUCGGGCGCUGCAGAUGGCGACCACGUUGACCUCACCCGCCAUGAUCCUCCUGCUGCAAGGCCAAGGAGAGGCCGGCCGGCGUCCGGAGAUGGCCGACGACCACUCCGACCUCGACCAGGAGGAGCUCUUCCACCCACCAAAUUAAAGAACAAAUCAGGAUGCAUGAUAGAGGUUGGUGUCAUCACGGGAUCAGUGGCCAUCAUGCAAGACUUCAUGUUUUGUAAGCCUCAUGAUCAAGAUUCCUUAGCUCCAGCAGGAUAUAAAUGAGGCAGUGUUAGGCAUGAGACUUGAGCUCUCAUUACUUCAUUCUCAUUGUCAAAUGGUUAUAAAUUUCUCUAGUUCCUUUUUGACAAGUUGUGCUAGGAGUAUUUCAUAAAUACAGAAUAGGCAGCCAUAAUUCUGCGUUGGUGAUAAAUUGUGCAAGGAGUACUUAAUUGUAGAUUUUCUUCGACUGCUUCCUAUGAUAAAAAUCCAAAAACUGCUAGGAGUAUAUCCGUGCUUCCUAUCACUACCGCUGAUAAAUUCCAGUAUGAUAAAUUGUGCUAGGAUUUAGUAUCUUCUUUUUGUACUGAAAGCCUGUCAUAUACUCCUAGACUUGAUAACUGGUUAUGCUUUUGCUUUUACUAAAAGCUUUCUGUCAGUCUAGGAGUAUAUAUUAGAUUUUGUUGAUUAACUAUUGAUCAAAACAAACAAUUAAUCAACUAUGGAUACUUUUCUGCAUGCCAGAUGGUAAGCUCGAUUGUUAAUUAUGGAGUAAUUAUAUAUGCCACAUAGUAAGGUUGAUUUAUUCCUUUGGAACAAUCACCACAUUUCUGUAUUCAAUUUGUCACCACAUUGCAUUUUCUGUAUUAGACUAUUUGUCCCUGGAUUAUGCCCUGAAUCAGG